UAGGAAUACCGGUACUGCUACCGCACCCUCUUUCACGUGCCGAGCACCUCCCUCAUGAUUGCUACUACCCUUUAACCUCUCAUCCUUCAUUCCUCUCCUCCUCCUCCUCCUCCUCUGUCUCCUCUCAAUUUUUGCUCCUCUCACCUAACUUUUACAGCUCCUCUUCCCUGCUUGCUGUUUGCCUAGUCAUCUGUUAUACCCCUGACGAGAUUCAUACAGUCUGGACGUGCGACGGGUUCGCUGUACGAAACCUACACCACCACCAUCAUAAGUCAACAUCGUAAAUCGCCACCGUCAAAAUGGUUGCUGACAAUCUCGUAUACCAUCCUACCGUUGCGCACUACCUUCGCUUCGUCGCAACCACCGUUGGUCGUGACAAGGCCCUGCGAACGCUACAGUUUAUUGCUCGCUUCCUCUCCUUCUACUUGCUCCGCAAGGGAUACAGUGCCUCGUCUAUCGCUCCUUUCGAAGCUCUCAAGAAGCAAUUUUCGCAGGCUAGAAGGGUCAUGCGUCUUGGAAAGAACAUUGAGCAUCUCAAAGCCGCAUCACUGGCAAUGGAUAACAAGUCGAUGGAUCCUGUGAUCCGCUACUGCACUGUUGGGCGUCAACUCGGUUACUUUACUUAUCUUACCCUUGAUUCGAUAUGUUUCCUCGACUCUGCGGGAAUCUACAAAUUCAAAGCCAGCAAGAAAAUGGCCUCCGAGGCCACAAGGGCAUGGUUUUUGGGAAUCUUGUUCUCUGUCAUUGGUGGAACGUACACCAUGUACAGGGUCAAUGAGAAGGAGAAGCGUCUAACCAAGACCAUUGCCGAAGGGAAGGUUGAGAGUGAGAAGCUUGUCAAAGAGAGGCAAGCCGCUGUCACUCAAUUAAUCUCCGAUGUUUGUGACAUAACGAUCCCCGCGACUAGUUUGGGAUACGUCAACUUCGACGAGGGAGCCCUGGGGUUGGCCGGGACUGUCAGCAGUUUGAUCGGAUUAAAGGCUGCGUGGAAGAAGACGGUUUAAUAGGGCGGCAACGGCGAGGGAGGCUAACAAGUCAUAGUAAGAUAUUAGGUGUUUGGAAUGGAACUCUUUCUUUUCUUUGUGGUUUGCACGGCUAUGGGGUGGUUGGGUUACUGGCGAACUUUGUAUAGAUAGAAUAGGCAGUUUUUUGAUAAUUAGCCGUUAGCUCUGAUUUCUGAC